AUGGCUCUGGGCUGGGAGGACAUUGCUGCGGGUGCCGUGGCCUUUGCCACCGAGAGGGAUGGCUGUGCCAGGAGACCCAACGACGGCAAACUCACAGCCCCGGGGGCAGCUGGGGAGAGGCCGGUGACACCAGAGCUCCUGGUGAGCCCCAGCAGCCAGGAUGGGGACCUGGGCUCUGAGUGCCCUGAAGACAGAGGGAACUGGACAGGACGGCUGGAUUUCCUCCUCUCCUGCAUCGGAUACUGUGUGGGCCUGGGAAAUGUCUGGAGGUUCCCCUACAGGGCUUACACUAAUGGAGGAGGAGCUUUCCUGGUUCCUUACUUCAUCAUGCUGGCCAUCUGUGGGAUCCCCAUCUUCUUCAUGGAACUGUCACUUGGCCAGUUUUCCAGCCUGGGGCCACUCGCCGUCUGGAAGAUAAGCCCUCUCUUUAAAGGCGUUGGCAUGGGCACGAUCCUCAUCGUCUCCCUGGUGGCCAUUUACUACAACAUGAUCAUUGCUUACGUUCUCUUCUACCUCUUUGCAUCCCUCACAAGCGACUUGCCCUGGCAGCACUGUGGCAACUGGUGGAAUACCGAUCUGUGCCUGGACCACCACGUCAUCAAGGCAGGGAACAUCACCUUCCCUGUCAACACCACCAACACUGUCAGCCCCAGCGAGGAGUACUGGAGCCGGUACGUCCUGCACAUCCAAGGGAGCUCUGGGAUCGGAGAUCCUGGAAGGAUCCGCUGGAACCUGUGUCUGUGCCUGCUCCUUUCUUGGACUAUCGUCUAUCUGUGCAUCCUAAAGGGAGUCAAAUCCUCCGGCAAGGUCGUGUACUUUACCGCCACCUUCCCCUACCUCAUCCUGGUGAUGCUGCUUAUCCGUGGCGUGACCCUGGAGGGGGCCUGGAAGGGGAUCCGGUUUUACCUCACGCCCCAGUUUGAUCACUUGCUGUCUUCCAAGGUGUGGAUCGAGGCGGCCCUGCAGAUUUUCUACUCCCUUGGGGUAGGCUUUGGGGGCCUCCUCACCUUCGCCUCAUACAACACCUUCCACCAGAAUAUCUACAGGGACACCUUCAUAGUGACCUUGGGCAAUGCCAUCACCAGCAUCCUGGCAGGUUUUGCCAUCUUCUCUGUUUUGGGAUACAUGUCCCAGGAGCUUGGGGUCCCUGUUAACCAGGUGGCAAAGGCAGGUCCUGGCCUGGCUUUUGUCGUGUACCCCCAGGCCAUGACAAUGCUCCCCCUUUCUCCAUUCUGGUCUUUCCUGUUCUUCUUCAUGCUGUUAACCUUGGGCCUGGACAGCCAGUUUGCCUUCAUGGAGACCAUUGUGACAGCAGUGACAGACGAAUUUCCUUAUUACUUGCGGCCAAAGAAAGCUUCCUUCUCGGCUGUCGUCUGCAUCGCCCUCUUCCUGAUGGGGCUCAUCCUCACAACUGAGGGUGGAAUGUACUGGCUGGUCCUACUGGAUGACUACAGCGCUGGCUUUGGUCUCAUGGUGGUGGUGAUCACUACCUGCCUUGUGGUGACACGUGUCUAUGGUAUAAAGAGGUUCUGCAGAGAUAUCCACAUGAUGCUGGGCUUCAAACCGGGCCCCUACUUCAGAGCCUGCUGGAUGGUCCUGUCCCCGGCAACAAUGAUGGCUCUGCUGGUGUACAACAUCAUCAAGUACCAGCCCUCUCAGUAUGGCAGCUACCGCUUCCCUGCCUGGGCCGAGGUCUUGGGCAUUCUCAUGGGAGUCCUCUCCUGCCUGAUGAUUCCUGUGGGCAUGGUGGUGGCCAUACUCCAAGAAGAAGGGACGCUGUGGGAGCGCAUCCAGCAAGCCAUGCAUCCCACCAUGGACUGGGGCCCGUCGCUGGAGGAGAACCGGACCGGCAUGUACGUGGCGAGCCUGGCUGGCAGCCAGUCCCCUAAGCCGCUGAUGGUCCACAUGCGGAAAUAUGGGGGCAUCACCAGCUACGAGAACACAGCUAUUGAGGUGGACCGGGAGAUAGAGGAGGAGGAGGAGUCCAUGAUGUGA